GAAAUGGCGACACUCUCAACCACAGAGAAAAUAGAAAAGAAAAAGGAGAUUUGAAUGAGAAUACUACUAGAUCGUCCCCUCCCCUGUUGUGUGUCAAAAUUUCCCUUUCAUUAUUAAUUAUUCUUCAUCCACAUUCUUGUUCUCGUUCUCUCCGUCCAUUUCUUCUCUUCUCUACAUUCGGAACGCAGAUCACCGCCCUAAACCAUUGAUCUGUCAUGAGCACCGGCGAGCUUCUUAGCAUCGAGCCUCUCGAGCUCAAGUUCUUCUUUGAGCUGAAGAAGCAGAUCUCAUGCUCUCUUCAAUUGUCAAAUAAGACCGAUAGCUAUGUUGCUUUCAAGGUGAAAACAACCAAUCCUAAGAAAUAUUGUGUUCGUCCAAACACUGGAAUUGUCAUGCCGCGAUCUACGUGUGAUGUUACAGUUACCAUGCAAGCGCAAAAGGAAGCUCCACCUGAUAUGCAAUGCAAGGAUAAGUUUCUUCUUCAAAGCGUAAAAGCACCUGAUGGAACAACUCCAAAGGAUAUCACUGCUGAAAUGUUCAACAAGGAAGCAGGACAUUUGGUUGAGGAGUGCAAAUUGAGAGUGGUGUAUCUGGCCCCAACUCAACCACCAUCUCCAGUCGCAGAAGGUUCUGAGGAAGGGUCAUCACCUAGAGGCUCUAUCUCUGAGAAUGGAAAUUUCACUGGUCCUGACUCCACACCAGUAACAAGGGCUUUUGCUGAACGAUCAGAUGUUCCAGAAAAAUCUGCAGAGGCAAAAGCUCUUAUUGCAAGGCUUACUGAAGAAAAGAAUAAUGCAUUGCGACAAAAUAGCAAGCUUAAUCAGGAACUGGAGCUGCUGAAACGUGAAAGCAGCAAAAGUCGUGGGGGCGUCUCGAUGGUCAUUGUCAUAUUAAUUGGUUUGCUUGGCAUAAUAAUGGGGUAUCUCAUGAAAAAGGCCUAAGGGUUUUCGAGAUUCAUCGUUCACCAUGCAAUUUUCCCCCCCAAAAUUAUAGUUUCCUUGCAUUUCCUGACUAUUCAAGAAGUGAUGACUAAAUGAGAAGUAGAUCGACUCUGCAGGUGGUGUUUCUUUUUUUUUUUUUCCUUUUCUUUUUCUCCUAUUUCCUUUGAGCCGAUAACAUUUUGGACGUAGGAAUCAUCAGUUGUAAGUGUGUCUGUGGUUGCUUGUGAAGCAUAUUGCUAUAAACUGGCUCAUGCUUUGCGGUAACAUGCAUUCUUUUUGUAAGUUAAGUUGAAUUCGUUUCUCUUGUGUCGUUUGCCUAGUGAACACCUGUCAACUUAAGCAGUGAUCACCAGGAGCA